CAAAAUAAGGCAAUAUAUAUUUAUUUAGCUUAAGGUUUUAGUAUUUUCGGUGUGAAAUCGUGCUACAGUUUUUUUAAUAAUAUAUAUAUUUUUUAUUUAUAAAUUUAUAUUUAAUUGAGUUUAGAUAAACCAAUUAAGAUAUAUACUUCUUAGCCGCAUUAUAUAACCUCAAAACCCUCAUGGCGAAGCUAAGUGAGGUAAGCCCUGUAAAGCCUGACAUAAAGAAAAAAAAAAGGAGACAAAAGAAAAACAAAGCAAAGAUUGUCAAAACAGAGCCUCUUAACAAGAAUAGUGAAGACAAUGUCAUUACUAAAAGUGAAAAGGAUAAUAAAAUUGAAGACUCCAACCAAAGUUAUGUGAAUGAACAGAAUGUUAUAUCAGAAGAGUUAGCUGAGAAGUAUCCAGUGUUGAAAAAUGAGGACUUGGUAAAAAAGUUCCUCGGGGUUGCCAUGACAAAUAAUCAGAAAGGUAGAAUCCGUCAACAACUAAGAGACAAUCUGAAAGGGACGUCUGAAGUUCUUCUACCAGAAGUAAUUCACAGCAGGAUACAAGCUAUUGUCAAAGACAUAAUAAAACUGACAGACUCAGAGCUGAGAAAAAUAAGAAUACUGUAUAAUAUGCUUAAAAUGUCGAUCCUAUCUGAAUCUACCUCAUCAAAGGUAGAGAAAAAGAAGAAAAGGAAAAAGAAUAAAAAGCCAAAGGUUGAGGUAAAUGUAGAUGCAGAUAAAAAAGAUAUAAAAGGAGCCACAGAUAAUAAUGAUAAACCCAUUGUUAAAGUAGAAAAGGUGGAAUCGAAGAAGACAAAGGGCCCUAAACGAUACGUUGUGUUUGUUGGAAACUUGCCGCUAGAUAUUGAUAGAGAAAAACUAACUCAUCAUUUCUACGAGAUCAGGGAACACAUAGUAGACGUGAGGAUACCGAAGCCCGCUGAGGGGAAGAAGAGUUCGAUUGCUUAUGUGGAGCUGAAGAACGAACCCAGCUUUGAGCUGGCGCUCUCCAAACACCACUCCAUGCUGGAAAACCGCAGAAUAAACGUUCUUUACACGACGCAGCAGAACAGCAAAAUAACUAAAACCGAGGCGAAGAGUAAGUCAGCAAAGAUCGUCGCUUUGCAGAAGUCAGGAAAAUUAAUGGGCAGUAUCUCGCUGAACAAGAAACGUAGUCACCGCAGGAUGAAAGCGAAGAUGGCCAAAGCACAACUAGAAGUUCAAUCCUGAACAAUGUUUCCUCAAAGGAUUUUUUUUUUAUAAUAUUAAAAUUGUUUCUUUUUUA